GGCCAAUUGACGGAUUUCAUGACCAAUCUACCUUCAUCAAUAUUGGGGGUUGAUACAUCAAAGGCUGUGCUGCAGCGUUGCUCUUCUUGCUGAUGGCUACCGGCAGAUCUCGACCCUUCGACACCACGAUGUUUUACCUUCUUAGCCAGAUCUCAACCCUCCUCAGUGACUGCAACAAGACGAUUGUCUCUCAAAGUAGAACGGCCACAGGGUGCUCUAUUGUCUUUCAUCUUUGUUUGUCCCAAUGGCUUUGUGCAUUCACUGCCUCUCCUCUUCACUCCUCCCACCCUGACUUCCCUCCAUUGUUGCCGUUUCUUUGUUGCCGAACAGCUUCACGCGACAAUGUUCAUUAUAUAUAUACAUCAUGCGCCUCUACACUCCUCUCCUCUCCAGAAUCUCAAACAAGAAGCCUUCAACAUGGCGAGCAACACCCGAACAGCAGGCAUGAUCGCGGACAACCAGUGGUUCGUCCAAGAGAUCAUCGCCCAACGCAUCGGCGCCAACUUCCUCCUCGAACUACUCGUCGUCUGGGAGGGAUAUACGGUCGAGGAAGCCACAUGGGAGCCUUCCGAGCACAUCCACGGCGACAUCCUCGGUAUGUGGUUCAACAUGAAGAAGGAACUCGUUGAUCUCAAUGACUUGGAGGAGGAGAUGGAAGCUGACGCCGAAACCAUGCAGGCCACCGAGUCGGAGACUCGCGAGGACAGCGAGGCGGAGAGUGAGAGUGAUGAGGAGUCUGUGAGUGAGUUUACGCCAGACACUGACAUGGAGACUUCCGAGUCGGAGCGCGAGUCGGAGUAUGAUUCUGAACAGGACGCCGAUUUUGAGUGGGAUGAUUGAGAGAAGACCGCGAUGGAAGAUGAUCAAGCACAGCAGCAAGUCAGACAGCCUCCCCCGCAUCAUCGAGAG